AUAAAUGAAGUACAGUACCACUCUACUCCAGUCGAACUGCUCACGUAGCAUAGGCAAUUAGUCCUUUAAAUCGAAAAUGAUAUGUACAGUCUUUAUACUUUUAACGGCUACGUUAGCGUGGUACUUGUACUGGAAAUGCACGUAUUGGAAAAGGAAUAAUAUUCCAACGGCCAAAGGAUGUUACCCGCUCUUUGGUCACAUGCUAGCCGUGAUAGCUAUGCAAAAAGCUCCGGGCGUACUAAUUGAAGAAAUAUACAAUGAGUACAAGGAUUGCAGCAUGGUUGGAUUUUACAAAGGAUUAGUGCCAUCAUUAGUUAUCCGCGAACCGAACUUGGUGAAGUCCGUGUUACUAACUAAUUUGUCGAGUUUUCCUAUAAACGGUUUCCGGGUUCAAAAAGACGUGGAUCCCCUGUUCGCAUAUCAUCCAUUUUUCACCCAUGGGGAAAAAUGGUUAAAUGGAAGGAAACGAUUGACCUAUGCGUUUACCAGUGGCAAGUUGAAAAUUCUUUUCGUGGCAGUUAACGGAGUGUGCAAGAAAUUCCAAGAUUACUUAGACAGGCGGGUGAACUCCAACGAUAAGUACGAAGUUGAACUGAAGUAUCUGUUCUCAAAAUUUACUGGCGAAAUUGCGGCAAACGCUAGUAUGGGCAUCGACGGGCGCUGUUUCGGGGACGUGGAUGAUCCGUUGGCGUUCGAUCAGAUCGGCAAGAAUUUCUUCGAACCGAAUUUCUUCAGUAGAUUUCUACUUAACAUUGUAACUCUAUUUCCCAGUGUGAAUCGUUUCACAAAGAUCAAGUUCACGAAGAAGGAACUGGAACAAAUGUUCACAACGCUGGUUAAGGAAAAUUUGGAGCACAGGCGAAAGGAAUCAACGCCCAGGUACGACUUUCUCGAAAUAAUGGUGCAGCUGGAGAAAGAGGAAGGAAAGCAACUGCCUUUGGACGUUCUCACUGCUGGUGUAUUCACGUUUUACAUCGACGGAUUCCAAACAUCAAGCAUUACUCUCAGUUUCAUUGGAUUUCAACUGGCUAUGCAUCAGGAUGUUCAAGAAAGACUACGAGAAGAAGUGAAGACUGUCCUGGAAAAACACGGAGGUGUGUUAACGUACGAAGCGGUGAAAGAGAUGACUUAUAUGGAUCAAGUAAUUUGUGAAUCGCAAAGAUAUUACUCGACACUGAGUAUGAUGAUCAAAAUAUGUACAGAAGAGUGCGAGUUGGAAGGAUCGGACGGGCUUAAAUGUCGCGUGAAACCUGGCACCGAAAUUAUCAUACCCACUUAUGGACUGCAGAAGGACCCGAGGUAUUGGUCCGAUCCGGAGACCUUUGAUCCAGAUCGAUUCAGCGAGGAAAGGAAGCACGAGAUUGACAAAAUGACGUUCAUGCCAUUCGGCGAGGGACCAAGGAUGUGCGUGGGAAUGAGAUUGGCACUGCUGCAAAUUAAGUGUUGUUUGGCUAUCUUGCUCAAAGGCUAUAAAUUGGAAUUGUCGGCUAAAACGAAACUGCCUUUGAAACUGUUGCACUUCGUUUUUCUCACAGAAGCAGAAGGUGGACUUUGGGUGCAUCUGUCAAAACUUUGAAAACAGUCGAAUAUGUUAAUAUUGUAGGAAUUAUGGAUGUUAAUAUGUCGCGGGUACGAAGUCUUACUUAAUCAUUUCGAAUUGGAAACGUAGAUAACAUUGCUAUCUCCCUAGUAAAUAACGGUUACGAUAGAACAAUAACAAAGUGAGUGAUAACGUACGUAACAACUGGAGUUUUCAAUGUCAUGUUUAUCACAGGAUUGGCGAAUGUGAAAAUUUUCCUGCCCUUCGGGGUUGGCCUUGCAACACUCGAAAGGACGAGUAGCUGACGAGAAAUUGAAACACGAAAUUUACGAACUGCUUUUAGACGAAGCUACUUUGUUCUUUUUGUUUUUAUUAUUUGUUAUUACUUUUGAUCUACGUAAAGGCGACCUUUUUAUUGUACUCUGAUGCCACUUGUGUGUUUACAUGCGAUAGGUCUAUUUUGAAAGCUCGGAGAACUGGAGGUCGAUACCAAAAAUUUAUUUCUAGCUAGCUUUUAAGAAGAGGCGAGUAUAGAAGGCAGCGUGUAUAGUGAAUUAAGUGGAAGUUGGAAGAGUAAGAAUGAUUACGUUACAGAUGGAUGUAAUAGAUGUUGUGUCGGAGGAUGCCAUAGAAUAAUUUGAUUAAGAUUUAACACGUUCCCGCCGGCGGCAUUAUUUGUAGUUCGCGCCAUGUGACGGCUCUCUAAUUCAGUGUUUGCCCCAUCGGGCGGCGCUGUUGUGAACUUAAAUGUAAUAAAUGGAAUAAACUUGUUGACUAAGUAAUCAAUUUUUUAAUACGAAUGAAUAAUACUAAUUAAUAUACAUUUUUAUGUUAAAGUCGUUUAAAAUUAAAGAAUCAUUUUGAUUCAGUUCAUUUGCAAACUUCUUUUUCUUUUUUUAACAAAAAGGACACAUAAAAUUGAUUUUUUUCCUUUGUACCACUGCUGGUACAUGCCGCCCGAUGGGACAAUUGUGUAUGUACCACCAGUGGUACAUGCCGUCCCAUGGGACAGUCGUCUAUGUACCACCAGUGGUACAUGCCGUCGGGAACGUGUUAAGGGCGUUGGUAAGGGGGGGUAGUGUAAAGAUUAAUUGUUAUAAUAGAUGUAAAAGAUGCUGUAGGAAUAGAAGCCCACCCACAGCCGAAAGGCAAGGGUAAAAAAUGUAACCUAGAAAUUUGUUUGAA